UAUGACCUCACAAGCAGCUAAGCUCUCUGAGAUUGCCUCCUCCAGCCCCUUUGACAACUUCCUCCAUAUAAUUUCGGGUCCAAGAACUAUGUUAGACUAUCCGUCUAAAGGGGUUGGAAACAGGAAUUUUGGCCAGUCAAGUAUAUUGGGCUACGUGUUAGUGUGUACUGACUACUGAGUUGUUUUUUUUAAUCUAAUCUAAUUGAUGCGAUAGUGACUCAGUGCCUUCUUUUUGUUCUUUGUUCAUAGUUGUAAUAGUUGUGUGAAUGGUCUAGGAAAGUUUAUGGCUGAUAUUGAAUAAAAGUUCCAAUUUAUCCAAAGACAUGUUUUGUAAUGAUGGUAAUGUUGAGGAAGCGGAAGCGAUUUUAAGACUCAUGACCGACAAAGGUGUAGCUCCUGACAUUAUUACUUACAGUGCUUUACUUGAUGGUUAUUGUUUGCGUGGUCAGAUGGAAGAUGCAGAAAAGCUACUUGAUAUCAUGGCCCAGAAUGGUUGUGAGACUAAUCUUGUAAGUUUGAGUACUAUGAUCAAUGGAUAUGUCAAACUCAAAAACAUUGACAAGGCUCUUACUAUAUUACAAAUUAUGUUUCAGAAAGGUAUAACACCAAAUGUUGUAACCUAUAGCACUCUUAUUGAUGGCUUGCGUAAAGCCAAUAGACUUGCACUUGCACUUGCACGGAAGUUUUUCACAGAUAUGCAAGCUCACGGAGUUGCUCCUAAUGUUGUCACAUAUAAUUCAUUACUAGAUGGCCUGUGCAAAAGUGCACAGCUGGGUGAGGCAGUGGCAUUACUUGAAGAGAUGGAGGAUAAACAUAUCAAGCCUACUACUGUAACUUACAAUAUCCUAAUGAACAGCUUGUGUGAGGCUGGGCAACUUGAAGAUGCUGCAAAUUUCUUCUCUGAUCUUGUAUCCAAGGGUCUGCAACCCAAUUGUAAGACAUACACUAUAAUGAUUAAAGGCUUCUGCAAGGAAGGGCUCAUGAGUGAAGCUGCUCACUUGUUAAGCAAAAUGCUGGAAAAUGGUAGCCCCCCUAAUGAUUGUACCUAUAAUACGAUCAUCCGAGGAUACAUUCUCAAUAAUGACAAUUCGAAUGCAUUAUACUAUCGCGACAUUAUGGUUAGCAAAGGAUUUGGAGUUGAUGCUGACACUUUCUCGUUGUUUGUUAGCAUUUUGCCUUCUGGUAACUUGUGUGACUCAUCAAAGGAUCAACUUUAAAACUUAUUCAUUGACUUGAGAUUAACUAUCUUUUUUAGGUAUCUUAUCUAUCUUUCUAUGAUGUAUGAUCUCUAAUAUGAAAUUAGUGGGCAUCAACUGAUUUUUUAUUUUAUUUUUUUUUAUACAUUCAAUUUAAGUCCAAUGCUCUGUAUUUGCUGAUUUAUCUGUAUUGUGACUAACAAAAGAAUUGAAGUGGAUUGCAACAUGAAAAAAAGGGAAUGCAAUAAACAGUGAUAAGCAACCAUUAACCUUUUUUUUUUUGGUUGGUAAUUCAGCCUUCAGUCUGUAACCCAUAUUGACAGUCCAUAUUAUGUCUCAAUGUGUGCUUGAUCUGCAUAGACUAUGUCAAAUAUAAUGUUCCAGAUUAUACUAUAAGAUAUACUUUUAGAAAGCAUGUACUACGUGCAUUGAUGACAGAAACAGAACAUAUUCUGAGUCUUGAUCUGAAAAGGUAUAGUUCACUUGUUGAUUGUUGAAUUCUUCACUCUUUGGGACUCUAAUUGAUAUGUAUGAGUAUGCUAUUCCAAUGUUUGCUCCUCACUUUUGUAAUUGUUUGAGCAAUGUCGACCCUAAAUUCUUUGUUUAGCAUCCCCUCCCUCCUUUGUUGCAGCUAUCACAGGAACUUUCAGCAGAAUAGGGAAGAGUAUACAAUAGGAACGUUAUGCUGGCUGAGAGGUCCUGAUGUUAUAUUAGUUUGUUUUAGCCUGACAUCAUAUUUUUUUUUUAUUUUUUUUUCUCUUUUAGUGUUGAAUAAAUUCCUUAACUAAAUACGCACACUCUUAGGUUAUUGUUUUGAAUUAUUUGAUCCCCUUCCAACCACCUCGUAUCCUUCAUCGCAGUGGCGGGACAUAGGUGGACUAUGAUUGUCAGUCAUAAUUCAGCCCAAUCACGAUGUCUGAUGAAUCUGAAUAUAAUGUCGAGAGGUGAGAUGAUAGUUGCACUACCGAUUUAGGGUGUUACUAGGUGUCUUGGUGAAUUAAUCCAUCAGUUUUGUAGAAAUUCAUACUUGAAAUUGAAACUAAUGUUUGGAAUUUUGAAUUAAGGUCAUGUUAGACUUGGUCUAGGCUAACAAGAUUUAUGUACCAAGUAUUGUAUUAAGUUGCUUAAUCUGUCAUUGUAAUAUAUACUCAGAAUGCUAAAAUGUGCUGAACAUGUUCCGCGG